AUAGUACCAGUAAUCAAAAGCAUUCGAAGCUGUCGGCGUUUGCCGCUGCACUAUAAAUAGGUCAUCUCUCUGUCUUCAAGGCUAUAAGGCCGAGACGUGUCACGCGCUUUCCGCGUGAGUGAAAUGCCAACCGAGAGUUUGCAAAAUUGCGCCGUCGGCGGCGGAGUCCGCCGCCCGCCGCCGUCGCCGCCGUCCGUGAAGAAGGGGACGCAGUUUCGCGGAGUGAGGAAGAGACCUUGGGGAAGGUACGCAGCGGAGAUUCGCGAUCCGUGGAAGAAGACGAGGAAGUGGCUCGGAACGUUCGACACGGCGGAGGAGGCGGCGCUGGCUUACGACGAGGCGGCGAGGAGUCUCCGCGGCGCGAAAGCAAAGACGAACUUCAAUUACGACGACGCCUGCACCGUGGCUCCGUCGCUGAACGCGAAUAUUGCAGGUUGGAAGCCGCCGGAGCUCUUCCGCCUCGUCGGCGACGCCGUGGGGAAACGAUCGGAGUACAAAGGGUAUAAAAUGGAGGAAGUAGGCGCGGUGGUGAUGAAUGAACAGGAGAAACAGAUGAGGAGCGAAAGGAAAUCUUUCGUGUUGGAUCUGAAUCUUCCGGCACCGCUCUUUUGAUCUCCAUCGGAGGCGGCAGCUGCGGCGGCGGAAGUACUCACCGCCGUCGAUUAAAACGCAGCGUUUUGACCGGGUCUUCUAUAUAUCUUUAUCCAUCAUAGGGUACGGAAAUUGUUUACAGUUGUGUACAGUGAUUGAUAGCGAAAACAUAAUGGCGGAUUUGUAAUUUAGAAGUUGCAGAAACGCGACUUUAGGUAUAAUUGUCGAAGAUAAUCAUCCUCGUUAUGCCCAUAAUAAGAUGAUACUUAGUAGCAGUAGUAUAUAAAAAUUGUCAAUUUAAUACUAUUUAUAUCAUAUAUCAAAUAACUACUCAAAAUUCAUUUUUUA